GCGCUGCAGACUAGAGUAUAAGAGCGGCGGGGAUGCAGCGGGCUGCGCACAGGCAUCAGACCCAGGAUGGGAGUUCAAGGUUUGACCACUUUGAUAGAAAACCACCGGGGUAUUUACCGGGACGUCAAGUUCAGGAGGAGCCGGCUGGUGAUCGACGGCAGCAACCUCAUCCACCUGCUCUACUUCAACUCAGGUCUGGACCAACAUCAUGGCGGGGAAUAUGCUGCGUUUGAGGACCUGCUUGAGAACUUCGUCAAAGCCCUCAGAGACUGCAGGAUCACGCCGUACGUGGUUUUGGACGGAGGGUCAGACCACACCGACAAGAAGCUCCAAACUGUGACUGAAAGAGCCAGGGAUCGGAUCAAGAAAGCCCAUCAAGUGGCGGAGGGUGUUGGGCGGGCGGGCAUUCUGCCACUACUGGCUAAGCUGGUAUUCAUACAGACACUUGAUCGGCUGGAGGUCCCGGUGGCUGUGAGCUAUGGAGAGGCUGACCAGGAGAUUGCCGCCCUGGCCUAUGAGUGGAACUGCCCGGUGCUCUCUAACGACAGUGACUUCUACAUCUUCAACCUCCCGGCGGGGCUGCUGCCCAUCUCUAACUUCCAGUGGGAGACGGUGCAGCAGAGUGGCUCGCAGAGCUACAUCCGCUGUAAGAGCUACAACACCUCCAGCUUCUGCAUUGUCUUUGAAAUUCAGCACCAACUCCUGCCUGCCUUUGCCGCCUUGGCUGGGAAUGACUAUGUAAAGCUGCAAAGGAUGGAGUCACGCAUCACCUGGGCUCAGUUCGCCCCAGAAGACAGCGCAACAGCAAGCAACCUGGAGGGGCUACUCUGCUGGCUGAAGGGCUUCCACCAGUCUCAGGAGGCCUUUGAGGCAGCGCUGGGGCUGAUGGGAGAGCUGAGCAAGCAGAGAAAGGCGGAGGUGCUGAAGGGCUUGUAUCUGGGGAUGGAGGAGUACCACUUCCCUCCCAGCUCCCUGAAGAGGUUCUUCAUCCAUGGGGUGGUACCUCCAUUCCCAGCAGUGGAAGAGGUGGCGAGUCGUGUCCCAUACUGGAUCCGGCUGCCGCUGACACAAGGCCGGAUGAGUCCAGACAUCCUGGACGUGCUUCUACUGCGGAGGAUGAGCUUCAGUUUCCCCGUGGACCACGCAGACAUGCCCAGCUCUCACCUGAUCUCCAGGCCGCUCCGCCAGUUGCUGUACGGGCUGCUGCUGGGAAAAGGGAAGGAGGUGACGGAGAGAGACAGAGACGGCCUCCAACUUAAAUUCAUCCCAGUCCAAGCUGUCGUCACAGUGGUCACUAAGAAGCUGAAACUCGACUCAUUGGAUCAGGUGGAGCCCUGUGUGCGUCUGCAAGUGUUACUGGAUGCUCUGGGGGUGACUGAGGCCUCCCUGAGCUGCCUGCCGCCUCAGCUGCGCCUCCCGGUGGCCGCCACCUGCUACUGGCUGCAGAGAGCUCAGCCUCGUCCUGAUGAUGCGCUGCUGAAGGCGCUGCUGCUGGGAAUGAGUAUUGGAGACACACCGAGACACAGAGCAGAUCUCAAGAUUCAGAUUCAACGCAGACCAAACCUGGACGUGGGCGUGGCUAGUGCCUUCAACCAAUGGAAGACCUGCCUUUCAGUCAGCAUCAAGCUGAACCAGGUGCUCAGCUCCCCCUUACCUACUCCUCAGAUCGCCAGGUUGUACAAGGGGACGCUGGUCCACCAGCUGGUCCAUAGGAUGAGGUCAGGAGGAAAAAUGAGGCUGUUUCAAAAAGACAAUCGCAAGAGUGUGAAACUCUACAACACAAUGCAGGCCGUCGUCCAUCAGUGUUACACUCGGGAGGCAUCAGCGCCCUCGGACAGCCAGCAGAGAGCGGCGGCUCCGCAGCGGCAGCCUCUGGACGACCUGACCGUAGGCCUGCAGCAGCUGUUCCUCCUGUACGGGGACGGCGACAAGGAGGCUGUGAAAGAAGCUGACAGCAUGCUACAGGUACAGGAGGAUCUGCAUCUAAACGACAUGGUGGCAGUGAGAACUCGGUACAGAGCCAAAGAGAGAAGCAACCGGUGCAAGAACCCAGUACUGGCCCGUAAAGAGGAGUGCAGGGGCUGGGACCUCCUCUGAGCUAAGACGUCCUGUUCAUGGACUCUCUGGACACAAAGACUUCAGACGUCCCUCCUGGCGUUCACACUCCGGGGGUUGUUUUUAUGCACUGCAUUUACACGUCAAUAUAUUUUUUCAAAUUGUUGUUUCUAUCAGUACUUGAAAGAAGAACACAAAUUUUACACAGCGAGAGAGCCUCUUUUUUGUUUUUUCUCCCAGAGGAAGUUGACUUUUCGGAGCAUUUGUGCCGUCAUUACCGGCUUCCAUACUGUUCUAUAUAUAUAUAGCAGCACUUUAAAAAAAAAAAAAAAAAAAAAAAUCUUUUGUAAAACAAUAAUCCCUGUGUCAAAAGUUCAAGAACUAACCUUCAAAUCAUCUUCUGUUCUCUGUGCUACGACACAAACAUCUGGUAGAGGUUGAUUUUUCGGAGCAUUUGUGCCACCGUAUAGUUUUGUUUGUUUUUUUUUGGUAAAAAUAUUCUUUUAAAAUUGAAGACUUUUGUAAAAUUUCAAUCCCUGUAUCAAAAGUUCAAGAAUUAACCUUCGAAUAAUUAUUCUCUGUGCUACGACACAAACAUCUAGAAGAGGUUGAUUUUUUGGGGCAUUCGCGCCGCUGUUUCCGGCUUCCGUACUGUUCUGUUUAUAGCAGCACUUUUUAUUUUUAAUUUUAAAACAUUUGAAAAAUUUGAGUUUUUUGUAAAAGUCUUAAUCCUGUAUCAAAAGCUAAAGAAUUAAUCUUUAAAUUAUUUUUCGUUCUCCUCUGAGCUAUGACACAAACGUAUGGCGAUAAAUUUGUCUCAGUAUUAUUUGUGAACACAUCAACAGUCCGUGUGCAAACGUGUUAUCUAUAAAUAUAAAACACCUUCCGCAAAUAUAAAAAAGAUUUGAAAACUCACAAAACUAUUUUGCAAACAUAAAAUGGAUCUGCAAACACACAAAAUCCACAAAUUAAAAAAAACUUUGUCACUCCAAAGUUGCUGAAAUACAUGCUUGGGCAGCGACUUGCUGCAUCAGACACUGACAAAAAAAAUCCGUCCUUUAACGUCAGCAUGAUAAGCAGCUGGUCACCAUUAUAGUUUUACAGUGUUCGGGUCGUCGGGGGGAAACACGGCGGGACAAGACCUAAAGGUAAGGCUGAUCACGUUGAUACGCGAUGAGGUCAGAGUGAGAACGUGUUCUUAUUUCAAAAUAAGCAGGAGAUCACGAGCUUAGACUCAUGGAAAGUUGAUCUCAAAACUCUGUGUUUGUGAAAUACAAAUCCACAAACACAGAGUUUUGAGAUCCACAUUUGUCUUUUUGAUUCAAAAAUAAAACUGGAUUCCCAAGUAUCUGAAAGUUGUAAAUGUUCAGAGGAAACUCAAAAAUACUUAAAAUUUAUGUGUAAAGUAGUUUAAUGCAUUCACAGAUUUCUUACUUUUAUCAGUGACAUUUGUGUAUGUGCAGAUCCAUUUUAUGUUUGAGUUUACAAAUUUUAUUUUAUUUUUUUAAGGUGUGAGGCGUUUCAGAUUUACAGAUUUACACACAAAUAAUAUUGACACAAGUCUGACUCCGUACAGAUGUCACAGCGUGAGGUAAUUGUGAAGGACUGAAUGAAGACAAACUUGGAAAAGUUAAAUUUUAUGAUGAAGAAUUGUAUUUUUUUAUUGUUUAAUGUUUGAUGUGUGAAUAAACUUCAAACUCUGGUGCUCAAA